GCGCCACAACUGUAGGGAUUCUAUGACUAUAUACUGAAAGGCGACCCAGGCUUGACGGGCUGAAUGGUAUACUCCUGUUCCAUUAUAUUUAUAACUUCUGAUGCAUAACGGAGACUGAACUGGGAGCUAAACUUGUAUGGCUCAGCUCCUUUCGAGUAAUCUCGCCGUUGUUCGCGAUAGUUUAGAAACAAACUGCACCAGCUCCGAGAUUUUUAGCAGAAAAACACAGGGAGACGAGGAAUACAUUUAAUAUCUGACUGAAGUGACAUGAUUCAACUUUACUCUUGUGAGCGAAGAAAAAAUUGGAGUCUCGAAAACUGUCGCUAAAGCGUCAGAAUCGUAACGCAAACUUGAGUAACCUUAGGGGAAAUAAAUUGCGGAAUCACAUGACAAGUCAGUGGGAAGGCCACGGCAGAGUGGGAAGGAUUUGUCUCUGUGGUACUAUAACAGCAAGUUGUGGAGAUCUAACGCCUCAUUUGACAAGAAAUCAACAAUGGGAGGUUGCUGUUCAUCAGUUUGUGAUUUUAUCCUGGAAUAUGAUACUCCCAGGAUCGUACUUAUUAAAAACAGGAAAGUUGGGAUCGUAAAUAGGAUCGUUCAGCUAGCAAUCCUUGCGUACGUUAUUGGAUGGGUACUUGUGUGGCAGAAAGGUUACCAAGAAUUUGAUUCCACCAUUGGCUCGGUUACAACCAAAGUAAAAGGUGUUGCCAUCACAAAUUCAUCUCCACAUGAAGAACACAUAUGGGAUGCAGCUGAUUAUGUUAUUCCUUCACAGCAAGAGAACGCCUUCUUUGUUAUGACUAAUGUUAUUCUUACCAAGAAUCAAAUGCAAGGUCGGUGUGCUGAGUUGCCAGAUGAAAGUACAAGAUGUAAAUCAGACAAUGAUUGUGCAGCUGGACAGUACAACUCCCAUAGCAAUGGGGUUUUAACUGGAAAAUGUGUCCAAUAUGAUGUAAAUGUGAAAACCUGUGAGAUUUUUGCUUGGUGUCCUCUGGAGAAUGAUACAGUUAUUCCUAAUCCUGCAAUUCUUGGAGCAGCUGAAAACUUCACAGUGUUAAUAAAGAACAGCAUUACUUUCCCUAAGUUCAGUUUUUCAAAGAGAAAUAUUUUGACAAACGCAACUGCCAGCUACUUAAGAUCUUGUAGAUUCAAUCGGAAUACUGACCCUUUCUGCCCAAUAUUUCGUCUUGGAGAUAUGGUUCAAGAAGCAGGAGAGGAUUUUCAAAAAUUAGCUGUUCAGGGUGGAGUGAUGGGAAUUUUAAUUGAGUGGAACUGUAAUUUAGAUCAAUCAUCAUCUAAGUGCAUUCCAAAAUAUGUCUUUCGGCGCCUUGACAACAAAAACUUUGCUGCAACACUAUCACCUGGGUACAAUUUUAGGUUUGCUAGAUACUUUGUGAAUUCGAAUGGAACAGAAGUAAGAAUGUUGUUCAAGACAUAUGGGAUACGAUUUGAGGUUGAAGUUUUUGGACAGGCAACAAUCUUGUGUGAUCUAAUUGUCCUGUACUUCUUAAAGAAAAGCAAAUAUUACAAAGAAAAGAAGUACAAGUAUGUUGACGACUAUGAAUUGGGGAUUGAAUCAGAAGAUUAAAGGAGCCAUAUGGAAUUCUGGAAACAAACUGACUUCUGUCCUGUGAAUCUGAAGUCACAAGACUGAUUUUCUACCUUGGCACUUGACUAACAGGUCCAUCAUAAAACUGUAAAUAUUAAUGAGUUUUAUCUGAGAGCUUGAUCAACAACUUGAAAGGGGACUCAAUUGUUUUAAAAAUGAUUAAAGACUAAACCUAUUGAACGUGA